UUCAUGUUCAAAAGGUUGUGCGUAGCAUUUUAUAGAGGCCUCUCCAUGUCCUAGGCACUUUCAAAACUGCUUUUCAUCAUAGUAAGGAGAGCCUCAACUUUAGAGGUAAACCUUUUUUAGAGGUAAACAAAAAAAACUUUUUGGUUGUUUUGGUUUUUUGUUUGUAUGCCUUUGAGACAGGGCCGUGCUCUGUAGCUUGAACACAGUCUUAAUCGGUAGCCUAAAGGAUCCUCAGAUUCUCCAUCUUGCUUCAUCCACACAAAUGCUAAGAUUGUGGCACUCACUAUUCCACCUGGCUAAGAACGGUCUUUGCUCCAUUUUGCUGAAAUGAAAAGUUAGGGCAUUGAAAUGUUAAAUAAUUAGGUCAAAAUCACAAACUUGGACCAUGGUAGAAUUGAAGUAGGACCCCAGGCAGGCUGAUUCAAAAGCUCAGUGAUGGUCGCCACCAAAUUCUUCUGCCUGCAUUUAAGUGAGACCUCUCUCAUUGGGUUCUUUGUGUUUCUUCUGCUUUUGUGAGAGAGGAGAGAGAAAGAGGAUAGACUUGGAGUCAUGUAUGUCUGAGUUAAAAAUUCCCAUCUUUCUAGUGAUGUAAAGGCAAAUUACAUAACUUUUUUUGAGCUUCAUUUUCUCAUUGAUUGUGAAAGGUUGUUAGGCCUCAGCCUUGGAUUAAAAUUUUAUUCCUAUUUUAUUGACACUGGGGUUGAAAGUAUUUAUGACUUGGUAUAGGCAAUAAAAUUAGGAAUGUCUGUCUGUUCCCACAUCUGACAGCAAUGUGAUGGGCUUCUGGGGUGCCUCUAGAGGCGGCUCUGGUGUUGCAGCAUGGUCUGUUUUCCCGUAGCAAGACUUCCCGAGGACGUGCAGGCGACCAGAGUCUCCAGGAUGUCUGCCACCUACUUUGUGUGGGGUAGACUCCUUGUGUGGUGUGGCAGUGGGUGAGCCUGCACAUGCUGCCUUUGCUGCGGAAGCCGUACUGCUAUUCUUACCCUUGCCUUGAUGGACACAAGGUGCAGAACUCCCUCUGCAGUUUGAUGUUGAAUGGUUGUGAUGAGAGCCAUCAAGGUCUCCUUGUUUCCUGCUCUCAUCUAUGCAGUCUGUUUGACCCCCUCCAGGGUCAGAGAGCUAGAUUGUGAACUUUUCCCAGCUGGUGCCUAUUUAGAGCCUGCAUUACUAGCUCUCCCUUUUCUGGUUUUACCAAGCUUCACUCCCAGAGCACUAUGAAUGUAAAUGAUCUCAAGCAAAGGUUGUCCAGAGCUGGGCAGGAGCACCUGCUGCAGUUCUGGAAUGGGCUCUCAGAAGCCCAGCAGGAAGAACUUUACAUGGAGCUCCAGGCCAUGAACUUUGAAGAGCUGAACUCAUUUUUCCAGAAGGCCAUUGGAGAAUUUGAUCGGUCCUCUCACCAAGAAAAGGUGGAUGCACGAAUGGAGCCUGUGCCCCGACAGGUUUUGGGCAGUGCUACCAGAGAUCAAGACCAGCUCCAGGCCUGGGAAAGUGAAGGACUUUCUCAGAUUUCUCAGAACAGAGUAGCAGUUCUUCUCCUAGCUGGUGGGCAGGGGACAAGGCUCGGAGUCUCAUACCCCAAGGGCAUGUACGAUGUUGGCUUGCCAUCCCACAAGACACUUUUUCAGAUUCAAGCAGAACGUAUUCUGAAGCUCCAGCAGUUAGCUGAAACACGCCAUGGUGGCAAGUGCACCAUCCCAUGGUAUAUAAUGACUAGCGGCAGAACAAUGGAAUCGACGAAGGAGUUUUUCACAAAGCACAAGUUCUUUGGCUUAAAAAAGGAGAACGUGGUGUUUUUCCAGCAGGGAAUGCUGCCUGCUAUGAGUUUUGAUGGGAAAAUUAUCUUGGAAGAGAAAAACAAAGUCUCUAUGGCUCCAGAUGGGAAUGGUGGUCUCUACCGGGCUCUUGCAGCCCAAAACAUUGUGGAGGACAUGGAGCAAAGAGGCAUCUGGAGUAUUCAUGUCUAUUGUGUGGACAACAUAUUGGUAAAAGUGGCAGACCCGCGGUUCAUUGGAUUCUGCAUUCAGAAAGGAGCAGACUGUGGGGCAAAGGUGGUAGAGAAAACGAACCCCACGGAGCCAGUUGGAGUGGUUUGCCGGGUGGAUGGAGUAUACCAGGUGGUGGAAUACAGCGAGAUCUCUCUGGCAACAGCUCAAAAGCGAAGCUCAGAUGGACGGCUGCUGUUCAGCGCAGGGAACAUUGCCAAUCACUUCUUCACUGUUCCGUUCCUGAAAGAUGUUGUCAAUGUUUAUGAACCUCAGUUGCAGCACCAUGUGGCUCAAAAGAAGAUUCCAUAUGUGGAUUCCCAGGGGCACUUAAUUAAGCCAGACAAGCCAAAUGGAAUAAAGAUGGAGAAAUUUGUCUUUGACAUCUUCCAGUUUGCAAAGAAGUUUGUGGUGUACGAAGUAUUACGGGAAGAUGAGUUCUCCCCGCUCAAGAAUGCAGACAGUCAGAAUGGGAAGGACAACCCAACCACUGCAAGGCAUGCUUUGAUGUCCCUUCACCACUGCUGGGUCCUCAAUGCUGGGGGACACUUCAUAGAUGAAAAUGGCUCUCGCCUCCCAGCCAUCCCCCGCAGUGCUACAAAUGGAAAGUCAGAGGCCAUCACAGCUGAUGUCAAUCACAACUUGAAGGAUGCCAAUGAUGUACCAAUCCAGUGUGAAAUCUCUCCCCUCAUCUCUUAUGCCGGAGAAGGACUUGACGGUUAUGUGGCAGAUAAAGAGUUCCAUGCACCCUUAAUCAUCGAUGAGAACGGAGUUCAUGAGCUGGUGAAAAAUGGCAUAUAAAUUCUAAAGGGCCACAUAGGGAGCCGUUGUUUUUGAUAGAGAACUGUGAACCUGCGGGACCUCUUCUGGACAGCUGAAGUUUGGACACUCUACAGUUUCAUUUGCUUGCUAGUACCUGAUAAACAGCACAGGCUUCCCAGAUCCAGGUGACUGGAUCUCAUUUUUGAAAGC